AGCGAACCUAGGUUGCCUCUGGAUUGCCUCCAGGUGAAAAAAAUACGGUAUUAGUUUCCCCCUUCCCUUGUCUAUUUCAACUCCGAGAGACAAGAUAAGGAUAACAAAUUUGUUUCGGCCUAAUUGUUCCAAUCCAAUCGACCUUAUCUCACCCACAUAUAAAAUGAAUAAAAAUAAAUGGGCCUUAAUUGGGAAGACAAUUGCUCAUAGCACGAACACGAAGAAGAAGGAAGAAUAGAGGUAGCUGCUUUCAAGUCAUAUUUCUGAUUAGUUUAGUCUUUCAACCUCUGUCUAUCGAAAUGGCUGGGGAUGAUGUUGUGGAUGAUAUUUUGCGACCACUCUCGCAAGAAGAUUUGAUACUUUUAAAGGAGAUCUACAGAAAACAUCUACCUGAAUCGAUUCCAUUUUUCUUCGUAAUGGAGAAUCAAUUACGGUGGCUCACAAAAAUGGAACAAAUGGAAGCUGACGAAAUGUCUAAAUUGAGUGCCCGAGCCUUUCUGAGAUAUUACGUGCCACGAAAUGGGAAGCUGGAGAAUGGUACAUUUGUAGCCAUUACGGAUAACGAAGAUCCCUGUGUAUAUUUUCAUUCUCUACAAGAGGAUUGCAAUCAGCUUAUCAUUUAUCUUAGUGAGACAAAACUCAUUUGUUGGAGAAGUUGUCCCGUUUUUUGUGGUAUUAGUGAUAACCAUUUCAGAGUGCUGGAACAAGUUAUCAAUCAAAAGAUGGGUAAGCUCACUGUGCUUUCCGAUUGUUCCUACUUCACGUUAGAUAAAAACAUAGCAGCCCAGUUUGAAUUCAACGUUCCAGAUGACGUCGUUUUGAAAGAAAUCGAUACUAGCUAUGCUGAGUUUAUGAAUGAGCACUGGCCCCAUCGAUAUCUACAUUCCUCCAAAUAUAUUCGGUUUCUGAUUCAGUUCAAUGGUGGUUUGGGCUUAUUUGACAAAUCCACUGGAGAUUUGAUUGGCUGGGUAUUGAAGAACGAAUUUGCAGGAGUUGGACUUGGCUAUUACUUCCGGUUGUUGCUUGCGGCGAAGGGAUAGUGAAUGUUCUUUCACACCUAAAGGUGUCCGUUUCGGCGGACUGAACUGCCGAUUGCAGUCGAAUGUAACAUGAGCAUGUAGCUCAGGACGCAACAAAAGUUCGUAAACUUUGGCUUCGUAAGUAUGAAGAGGUUUGUUGCGAAUUGUUUCCAGAAACUGUGCUAUCAGAUAGUGAAUACUAACGGGCAAUUUUUCUAUAUUCAGACGAUUGUAGUUCUGUUUUAUUAACAGUUGAAUUAUGACAUCUGCCAUCAUUUUGUCUACGUCAUCCGUGGUAGCCAAUUUUAUACCUCUCAAUAACUCUCCAAAUUGCAUUUUAAUCCACUUAGAUAAACUUUUCACGCGAUACAUGUAUGCAAUGAUCAAUAUUAUGUCACGGCUUCUGUCAUUGAUUCCAUCGAUAUAAAUAAAUGGUUCUAUAUCUGGAUCGUUGGGGUUUGCAAUUAUUGAAUGAAUAUAAGAGAAUACAGCCGGAAUGUUUUCGAAAUCAGCAUCGGAAACAUUAACAAACUUGACACUAUCCUCUUUUUUGAUGAAACAAAACGAUCGAAGCGUAAUCAGAUCCUGAAAAUCUAAAAAGUAAUGCAGUUGGAAUUUUUCUAGUUUUAAAUCCAUUGAAAGUUUGUAAAGAAACUCUGCUAAUAAUCUCAAAUCUGAUUUCAGGAACGGAUCUAGUUUCAUGUCUUCGUAGAGAAGGUGUAAUGCCAGAAGAAUAUUCGGAACGUGAACGAAGAACGGUUUAUCCGAGUUAUAGGCAACUGAGGAAGUACCUUCAACCUGAUCCAUAUUAACUGAUUCCAAUCGGCCACUGUUACUCAUCAAGAAUUUCCAAUCGUCAUUAUUACCAGGACAAUUUUCACUCUUUCUUCGUUUUUUCGGUUCAUCAAAAGAUGAUUUUGAACUAGAUUUAUUGAAGUGACUGUCUGGUGUUGGAAAAGGACGUCCCAUGUGUUGGAAAAGCAUCCCUUGAAAAAAUUUCCACUCAUAGCUUACAUUGAAAUCCUUCGAACCGGGCGCAUUUCUAGUGCCAUACCACCGAAUCAUGAACUCUAACGCUGUUUUUUUAGGUAGGGUUUCGCGGAUUGCCAUCAAACAUCUCGAAACUAGUUUCGACUCACUAACGACAGGCAGCGAUAUUCGAAACAUUUUUUCGCUCGUAAAUGCUAAAGUUAGUCGAUUGCCAGACCCAUCACGGAUUGAUUGACAGUUGGUCAUGCGAGACGACGAGGAUGUCAGUUUUGAGGAAGGGUGAAGAGGUUGUACUGGAGAAAGCAUGUGCAAUUCUUCAUCGAAUCCGGUAUCCGUUUGAAUCGAAACGGUGGGUAGCAGACUACUGCGCCUGGGGAAACUUUGUAGUGAGCUGAAUGAAUUGCUCAGAGCGCUUGAUGUGACAAAAUUUGUCAAUAUACCUGCCACAUGGACUUUGCCGACUUGGAUGAAUCCUGUGUAAAGGAGUAAUGUUCCACACGGAGCUAGUACAGCAAUCAUAUUUAGCCGCGGCAGGGAAACCGCACUCUUGGCAGGGAUCUGCGUACAUGUUUUAGCGCUAAAUUUUGUUCUAUCAUCUAUAUUAAUUUUCAGUAAAGUUAACAGUUCUGAUGUUGGCAACAGGUAACAUAGAUAACGUACUCCUACUAAAUCUUCGUGAAGAAAACCGGUUGAUGCCUUUUCAGGAAAAUCCCUAUGGUAGUGAGAAAAAUAAAUUAUUAUAACUUUUGGAACGUUUUGCUUUCAAGUUAUGAUUUAGAAAUUUGAAUUCGCAAAAACAAACCUUGCUCAUAAUCAGUAUGUACUGCAUAACUUAAGUGUAAUUAAAUCAUAUUCUACAUACCUUGCUAUGCUUACAUUAUCUGUCCAAACGAGUUCUAAGCAAAACUCUGGUAUGAUCGGUUUUGAUGGUUCAGCUUGGCCAAUUUUUCGCACAUCCAGUAACGAAACACUCGCACCAAGUGUGGACUGUAGUCGAGACAAGGGAGUGGUACUACCCAAUGGAGCCUGGAACGAUGAAGCUGCGUUUUGUUGCAAAUGACUUCUGUUGCUGGCUCCGACGCCACCUCCAGUGACAUUUAACUGAAACGACCCUGCUUGAUUAUGCUGUUGAAAACUGCUAGCAUAUGGACUGCUGAAAGUCGCCCCCAAACUAUGUCGUCCAGCCGUGGACAUGUUAUGACGGGCUAAAACUGUGAUUUGAAUUAGUAAUAACUUUUAGCAGGAAUAAAAUCCAAUUUACUCACGAGAGCUUUUGUAGAAAGAUUGGGGCGUUGUUGCGGCAGGCAUUGAUGUACCGUAUUGUGACAUGCUUCCCGUGACGUUGAAAAAACUACUAGAGUGACUUUCGUUACCAAAUCCAACCAAGUUUUUUUCGUCUUCUGUCGCUUUGCGCAAAAAACAUACAAAGUGUUUUCCAAAUUUUUCAUCAUACAUAAAAAUCAAAUCGUUCUGUUCAUCGGAAAACACCACCCGAUGAUCGGAUUCCGUAAGAUAACUUAUUGAAUCGUUCAUGUUCAACAGAAUGGGACUCAUCUCGUCAAGUGGAUGAGUCAGAGAAAAAAGUCGCGGCAUAUUUAUUGAUUGGGCUUCCAAAACUGUACUAGAUGGUUCUUUUUCCAAUAAGAUGCCCUGCUUUGUUAUCCACACUUUCGAUAUCGGACAUUCAAUACUAGUAACAAAGUUUUCUCCGCUGUUGCAGUAAACUCUAAGAGUACUGGAAUCCAGUAGACAAACUCCAACAUUGGAUGCAUUUUCAAGCGCUUCACUAAAAUAGAUCGGAAUAUAGAAUAGAAUAAAGUCGAAAAAUAGAAUGAGAAGAAUUUACCUUUUGACGUUAGAUUCUGAUCUACCCUCCUUAGAAGAGAGGAACUGACUUCCACAGAAAAAGGCAAAUUUUAUAGGAUUUUCGCUUGAAAAACAGACUUGUGGAGAUGCCCCCUCAUAGUUGGAUCCCUUGCUCCAGAUUGCUGUAUUACCUUUAACGUACAGUUCCUCUUCAGAAUUAACACUAGCUUCACAGAGAAAGCCUGGCAUUCUACCUUCUCCCUGCUUCAUUUCUCUGUACACCUCACGGAGGAUGUAAAACUCGGUUGGACUUUCAUCCAGCGAUAUGUUUACAUCUUGCAUCCGCUGAAGCAGGACAAAUUCGGAAGGUACCGUAACAUUUUUUUUCAGCACCAACGGCCCUGGAUGUUCAUCCACCGCCAGGCGACCUCGUGGAAUAAAUUCCUUGAAAAAAAAAACAAUUAUAUUUAGGUUAUCAGAAUUAUUUGGCUUAUUUUUUCAGUUUUACUCACCAAAGGUUCCGAGGCGGUAAUCAUAGUUUCUCUAAACUCAUCCAGAUUUGCAAAAUUUAACACAAUUCUUGUAUACACAUAACAAGAAGGGCUAGGGGAUAUUUAAAUACUUGAAAUGUAGGAAAAAUUUCUGGUUUUAUUAAAAUGAUUAAAAUAUACAAGAAAAAACCAACCUCUAUAGAACCGCCGGCAUCAAAACAUUUAAUGAAUAUGCGGCUCACACGGCUCACAUCUUUUGGUCAGUUACACGAUGCGCGAUAAACAUCUAAACAAGUGUGAUGUUUAGAUCUACCGACCAAACUCUGAAUUAUGAGAAUGAAUUGUCCUGCACAUCUAGAAAUGUGUAAUCAUCAUCGCUGUGAAAAGUUUUUAAUGGCUGCGAUGACAUACUGAUGCGUAUACAACAGCGUACACGUUCUACUACGCCAACUACAACUUAAACUUCAAUCACGCGGAAAAGGGAAGGGGAGUCGAUUAAACAAACCGUUUUGUUUUAAGUUUUGUUUUAAAAAUGCAUAUUUAAUAGGUAGUUUUGAUAUAAAAUUUGAUACAAAACGAAAUCCAAGAUUUUGUAACAUUUUCAAAAUAGUUGAAGCCAUAUAUACAGUGUAUGGCAAGGGGGUAAGUGCCUCUUUAUUUUAUUUUUUUUCGUAGUAUUCAUCUUUAUAAUUGGGUUGUUUUUUUUAAUCAAAAAUUAGUUUU